UGUUGGACUUGGUUUUUGCCAAUCGUGUUAGUCGUGCGCAAGCAAAACACCAUUAAACAACAUUUAUUUCAGUCUCCUGUGCCAUGUUAUUUUCCAAUUUCACCUUUAAACUUUAAUUGCAAAAUGGACCUGAGCACAACAUCAACCUCUAAUCGGAAUAACCAGCCGGUAGUUUUACCAGUGUCGAUUACAACAAUUACUAAUAAAAUGACUCAUCGGAUUGCAAAAAGUGUAUUUAGUAUCCGUAGCAUUGUAGAUGUUGAAACCAGACACAAUUCAACAGCCCAAAAACCAAUCGAUAAUCAACAUUCAAUAAAUAUUAAACUUCAUUAUCAAGAUUUGGAUUUCCUCAAUGGAAUUCGCCGUAAACUUUUAAUCACAGUUAAUUUAUCUAAAAUGUCUUUCAUUAACUGGUCGAAGAAUUUGAGAGAGGAACUUGCUAUAAAAAUUGGUCUUACAGAAGCUCGUAUUCAAGUUUGGUUUCAAAAUCGGCGUGCAAAGUGGCGGAAACAAGAAAAAGUAGGACCACAAGGUCACCCAUAUAAUCCUUAUUUGAGUGGUACCGCGACUCAAUCAUCGACUGUAGUUACUCCAACGCUCCCACAUCCUUUUGCCCAUCUAGGAACAUUUGCACUGCGAAAACCGUUUGAGGGAUUUCGCUACACGCCGUUAGGACCCGGGCCUAUUCUCAGUCCUAGUUAUGGAAUCGGUAGUGGAAGCGGUGGAAUUAGUGGUGUUAGUGGUAGCAGUCAUCCUUAUCAUCGUCCGCCUCCACCUAUGCUUUCAUCACCAAAUAUGCCGGGAUUAUCUUAUUCAGCAACCGCCGCAUCAUUUCAAACUCUUUUGGCAAAUAUUUCCGCCACGCAACCGCCAAAAAUUCCAUUACCUGGAUCAUCUUCACCGCCACCAACAUCAUCAUCUUCAAAAAUAUCCGCGUCAUCUCCAACUGCAUCAACUUCACCCACAUUACCAAUAAUACCUUCAACGUCAUCAGUGAUAAGUUUGCCACCCCAAUCUUCGACAAAAUCACCUGUUUCUAUUACAGAAACGAGAUUACCUACAGAAUCAUUAUCUAGCGAAACUGUUAAAAAUAUUCCAGCUGAUAUUGAUAGACGGACUAAUAGUAUUGCAUCAUUAAGGUUGAAAGCACGAGAAUUUGAAUUACAUUUAGAGAUGCUAAGAAAAAAUGGUGAUUUAAUUAGCUGA